GUUUGACACAUGGUCAACAUGAAUGCUGAAUUAAUCAACAGCACUGAAUGUUGGGUCAAGAUAUGUCCACUCUGGCUUCCCAGAGUGGUCUACGGCCUGUUCUGAUGACAUUCUUACUGGGCUUAUCCUUCAUGUACUACAAACCCCAGAUCAAGUUCCUCUCAUGCCCUAUCAACCAGGCAUCCCACUUGGGAAAGGCUUGCUGUCCUCCUUGCCCUCAAGUACGUAGGGCAAGGAACCAGAUGGUGAAUCAAACACACCAUGCCCAGACAACCAUUCAGGAUGACUAUCAUUUUGAUCUGGCCACUUGAUCACACCUUUGACAUAGCCUUUGAUGUUAAAGUAGGCACAAGAGUCUGUCACCUAACAGUGGAUAAAAACCUUUACAGCAAGGUGCACGGUGUCAUAUUCCACCAUAGAGACAUCCAUGGAGACCUGAAGAACAUGCCCCGAGAGCAACGUCCAUGGUUCCAGAAAUGGGUGUGGUGGAAUGCAGAAUCACCGGCUAACACAAACAGGAUCCCUGGUGUUGACCACUUGUUAAAUUUGACUGCCAGUUAUCGACUGGAUUCUGAUAUCAAGGUUCCAUAUGGGUCGCUUGUCGAGGUAACCAGUGAGGAUAACAUCUUUGAGAUGCCCAAGAAGGACAAAUUAGUCUGCUGGGUAGUGAGCAACUGGAACCCAAACUACAAGAGGGUACAGGUGUUCAACGAGCUCAGUAGGCAUGUCAAAGUAGAGGCCUAUGGGAGACAUUUUAGUAGAUACCUAGAAAACGAAGACUACUCAAAGACGCUGUCCAGCUGUAAAUUCUACCUGGCAUUUGAAAACUCCAUCUACAAAGACUAUGCUACAGAGAAGCUGUUCAACGCUAUGAAGUUGGGAGCAGUGCCCGUUGUUCUAGGUCCAUCCAGGGACAACUACGAGCAAUUUAUCCCAAGGGACUCUUUCAUCCAUGUGGAUGAUUUCUCCUCUACAGAGGAGCUGGCAAAGAAGCUUCUCUUUCUCGACCAGAACGAGGAAGAAUACAUGAGGUACUUCACCUGGCGAAAGAACUUUAAAGUCCAGGGAUGGUGGUUUGGACUUGAACACGCCUGUCGCUCAUGUGAUUACAUUAGAAGAAAAAGGAUACAAAACUUUUCAUAA